AUGGCUAACAUUGUGAGCAAUCUGGCAUCGGAUCCCCUGGUCGACGGCAAAGGCGUACGUCUGGAAGAUGAGAAGUGCGACGCAAGUCUGCGUAAGCUUGUCAAGUACAUCAGAUCGCUCAAGCCCCAAGAUGUGCCGCAACAGGUACAGGGAAAGGCCUUGGUUGAUCUACUGGAUCCCACUCGUAAUACAAUCGCCUACCUCGCAGUGCUCCUCGCAUACGCCCAACAGGCAGUGCUGGCGCAACAAGUGGCGCUGAUUGCCAGCUUCGUCGACAACUUUGAUCCCAUCCAGGCUCGCUAUGUCGGUCCUGAGCUGCAGCAGCUCCUCAUCUGGCUCGCCAACUACUAUGACCACUCCAGAGAUGCGUCGGUCAUUCCCUACAUCGCAACCGCCAUCCUCCGCCUAGACCCCGAGUCUAGCACCCUCACAUCCAACCACCUCCUCUUAUUGCGAGUCUGCCUGGCAGCUGGCCUCCCUCGCCAGGCUCUGCCUGUUCUUGACAAGGAUAUCUACAACUUCCCAUCGGACCCUCAGAAGCAUGUCGACGACCGUCUCCCAUGCGCCUACCAUGACCUCAGUGCCACCUUCAUCACAAAAUCCUCAAACAUCUCAGCAUCUCUCACGGCCUCGGACGUUCAUGAAUACUAUCUGCUGGGUGCACACAUCUACAUUGGCCUGCGUCGCUACAACCGUGCUCGCCUCUUUCUCGAACUCGUUCUGUCAUCACCCACUCAGAAUGUCGCAACACCCAUCAUGGUCGAGGCCUACAAGAAGUCCAUCCUCGUCAGCUUGCUAUCCACUGGUUAUCUUACUUUUACCAAAGGCCUGGUCAACACUCAGAUGAUCAAGACAUAUUCCAGUCUAGCAAAGCCCUACGAAGUUCUCGCAGAUGUCUUCAAGAAGCGUGAUGUUCUGCGCCUCGAUGCUGAGGUUGCUGCCGCCGCUGCGGUUUGGGACGAUGACGGAAACACAGCCAUUGUCAACCAGGUCGCCGAAUCGUUGCGCCGCUACCGUGUCAUCGAUCUGCAAAAGACCUACGCCGCUCUCCCCAUCGAGGGCAUCGCUGCUCAUCUGAACCUGACCACUCCUGCGACUACCACUCUUCUCAGCACCAUGGUCCGUGACGGUCAUCUCAACGCCAUGCUCCAUCAACCCAUCACCGGUCCUGACACUCGACCUGUCCUCCGCUUCCUCUCACACAACCCCAAUCAACCGCUUGUCGACCAAGACGCCCUGUUGAAGGAGAAGUCUGUCCGUAUCGAACAGCUUGCCAAGCAUGUUCGCGAGGCCGACCGCAAACUCGCUUUGCAAAAGGAGUAUGUCGAAGCCACCCGCAGAACCAAGCGUGCUGAGAAUGCUGGCGCUCAAGGUUUCGAGGACCCGAUGGACGUCUGGGAUGCUCCUCAGAAUGUUGACCAGGAUGAGGACAUGAUGGGCGACCUCUAA